AGCAAUGUGAAGAAGGUGACGCUCGAAUUGGGUGGCAAGAGUCCUAACAUCAUUUUUGCCGAUGCUGAUUUGGACUUUGCUGCUAAGCAAGCUCAUCAUGGUAUAUUCUUCAAUCAAGGACAAACUUGUUGUGCAGGAUCUCGAGUUUUCGUUGAAGGAAAAAUCUAUGACGAUUUCAUUGCUAAGUCGAAAGAACUGGCUGAGAGAAGGGUUCUUGGUGACCCGUUUGAUCUAAAAACUGAACAAGGCCCUCAGGUAAUUGUAUUCCUCAAUUCCCUUAUAAAGGGUAAGUUGUGA